UGGUCAGUCGGUCAGUACUGGACAUCCGUGACUCUUGCCCGGACACAGCUCCAGCGAUGUUGGUCAGUGUGGUCAGUCUGGCCACUGUGUGCCUGGUGGUCAGUGGCAGGCCCAGCGGUCAACACCGGGACCAGCCGGGGCCGGAGCCGGAGCGAGGACUCAGGGCAUCAGAGCCGCUGCCGGACACCGCUGUUGCUGCUGCUGCUGCUUCGGCCACGCACACGGACACGGACAAGGCCACGGACACGCACACGGACACGCACACGGACACGCAGGCACAGCGAGCCUGGGCCAAAUUCAUCCACUUCGUCCACAAACAGAAAUCUCCCCACGGCCGGAGGCGCAAAGGGCCGACAAAGGGCUGCUUCAGGAUGAGGAUGGAUCGCAUCGGCUCCAUGAGCAAACUGGGGUGCUGAGACCCACAGGUCCAUGCCCGCCCAGAUGAUGCAUGGAAUAUCUUCCAACCAACUUCAGUAGGAGCUUGCAGAUCUAAGGAGACCCCUGGUGCCUAAUCUGGCCCAGAUCGACACAAGGGAAAUUAGCAAAGAAUGUGUUUUGUGUUUGUCGUAGUGGUCCAUGCUGGAGUAGCGCGGACUGCUGCUGGUUUUGUUAUUUAUGUACCAGUGGCCAACCACAAUAUUUGGGACAAAGACCCCUCGUUUAUUUAUUCGCCUCUCUACCCCACAAUUUGAGAUUUGUAAUGGAAAAAUCUCACCUGUGUUUCGAGCGUACAUUGUCCGAUGUUAACAAAGGCCAUUCUUACAUAUUUUGGUUUCACCGUGUGGAAAUUACAGCUGUGUUUAUACAUAGUCCCCCCCCCCAUAAUGUUUGGGACACUGCAAUGUUGUGUCAAUGGAAGUAGCCAUGUCUGAAGAUGGGGUUUCAGCCCGAAACGUUGCCCAUUUCCUUCGCUCCAUAGAUGCUGCUGCACCCGCUGAGUUUAGAAACAUAGAAACAUAGACAAUAGGUGCAGGAGUAGAGGCCAUUCGGCCCUUCGAGCCUGCACCAUUCGCCAUUCAAUAUGAUCAUGGCUGAUCAUCCAACUCAGUAUCCCAUCCCUGCCUUCUCUCCAUACCCCCUGAUCCCUUUAGCCACAAGGGCCACAUCUAACUCCCUCUUAAAUAUAGCCAAUGAACUGGCCUCAACUACCCUCUGUGGCAGAGAGUUCCAGAGAUUCACCACUCUCUGUGUGUGAAAAAAAGUUCUUCUCAUCUCGGAUUUAAAGGAUUUCCCCCUUAUCCUUAAGCUGUGACCCCUUGUCCUGGACUACCCCAACAUCGGGAACAAUCUUCCUGCAUCUAGCCUGUCCAACCCCUUAAGAAUUUUGUAAGUUUCUAUAAGAUCCCCCCUCAAUCUCCUAAAUUCUAGCGAGUACAAGCCGAGUCUAUCCAGUCUUGCCGUAGAAUGAACCAGUUUUGAGGCAUUUGUUUGAACGUGAGCAGAUAGGAUGUGUCUAUACACUUCAGAAUUAAUUAUGCUACUACCAUCAGUUGUAUCAUCACUGAAGAUGUGAGCCAGUACCUUUAGCAGCCAUCCAUACAUGCCCAGGCCAUGAUACCUCCACCACAGGUGAGGUGAUCUGCUUUGGAUCUUGGGCAGUUCCUUAUCACUUGCCAUCGCUCUGAUAUAAGUUAAUCUUCACCUCAUCUGCACACAAGACCUUAUUCCACAACUGUGGUUGCUCUUUAAGUACUCCUUAGCAAACUGUAGCCUGGCCAACCUAUGUCUGCAGCUCACCAUUGCAGUGCAGCCUCUGUAUUUCUGUUC